ACUUUGGGAUGGGAAGCGUGUAAUUCGAUCCUAAACUGACGCGUCCAUCGCGCUUUUUUUCUUCAGCCGCGCUCGAUUUGGUAGCCACGUGAUCGUGUCGCAUCCCUCCAGCCGCUAACCCUAACCCCCUCUCUUCCCCUUCGCCGCGUGUAGCUACGGGGUCAAAGGUACAACGUACCCGGUCACACCGGCCGGUUCUUUGCGCGCGGACAAUUUGAACUGUACGUCCAUCUUCAAGUGAAACACCGCCGAUUUCUGAAAAACGAAAUGUUGAGCGCGAAUACGAUUGGCAGAAGCAAGAUGACAGUGCAUGAUGGGUUCAAAUCAACUAGUCAAGAGGUGACGGAGACAUCAGCCAAGUUUGGUGCAAAUACAUCUUUGACCAGUCUGAUCCAGCAGUUGACAUCACUGAAGGACACACAGCCAGGCUUCCAGUACUUUGGUCAUCUGGUCCGACAUCUUAAUCUGGUUGGCAACGUCCUCAUGAGGAAUGCAGCCAGUGUGGCGGGUAACCUGAUGAUUAAACAUGCGCACCCCGACUUUCCCUCCGACGUGUUCACCAUGAUGGAGGCUGCAGGAGGCAAGGUUGAGGUGUUUGACACCAAGGACGAGUCGCUGAAAGCAUACACAGUGCAGGAUUUUGUGAUGAAGGUAAACAUGAAAGGAAAGGUGUUGACAGCGCUGGAAAUACCAGCCUUCGAGCCUCUUGACCACUUCCGCUCUUUCAAAAUUACUCCGCGGUCACAGAAUGCUCAUGCUUACAUCAACGCCGGCUUCCGUUUCAAGAUCAGUCAGGGGGGAAAGCAGGUGCUGGGCAGACCGGCCAUCGUCAUCGGCGGGGUGAACAACAAGUUUAUCCACGCUGAAAAGACUGAAGAGUUCCUCCGGGGUAAGACCCUCAAAGAUGAGAUUGUGAGAGAUGCCCUGGCGCUCAUGAAAUCGGAGAUCGCCCCCACGCCUGACCCUGUGCUGUCCUCCGUGCAGUACAGAACUGACCUUGCUGUCAAUCUGCUGUACAAGACACUUCUGGAGUUCACCGGAAAUGCCGAUCCCAGACUUGCCUCUGGCGCUCCAAACAUACAGCGCCCUCUGUCGUCUGGACUGCAGACGUAUGAGGAGAAGAAGGAAGAGUUUCCGCUGAAGCAAGCCUUGCCUAAAAAGACUGCCUUGCUGCAGGCAUCUGGACAAGCGGAGUUCGUCAACGACUUGCCAACAUACAAGCACGAACUGUGUGGCGCCUUGGUGCUGACCACUGUCUCUAACUGCACUCUCCAGUCCGUGGAUCCUUCGGCUGCUCUGGCUGUGCCAGGUGUCCGCCAUUUUAUCACAGCGCGCGACAUUCCAGAAGGAGGCAGCAACAAUGCCUUCGCCGCCUAUAAGGGGGCGUUCGUUUUCCCAGUGGAGGAGAUUUUCGUCACGAAGAAAGUGGAGUAUGCAGGCCAGGCGGUGGGCAUGAUUCUUGCAGAUAACCAACUUGUGGCCGAUGAGGCGGCCAAGAAGGUGAUUGUCAAGUACUCCGAUAUCCAGAAACCUAUCCUGACCAUACAGGAGGCCAUUGACGCCAACAGCUUCCACUCCACCUUUGUCCAGCCGCAUGUCGUGGGUAACCCUGAUGAUGAACUCCAGAAGUCAGCAAAGACGCUGAGUGGGGAAAUUAAAAUGGGAACACAGUAUCAUUUCUACAUGGAAACCCUUGCUGCGCUGUGCGUGCCGUCUGAAGACGCCAUGGAGGUGUACGCCACGUCACAGGCGCCCGACAUUCUGCAGUGCUGCAUGUCUGGCGUCCUCAACAAGCCAAUCAAUUACAUCAAUGUUCAUUCCUUGCGCCUGGGCGGAGGCUUCGGCGGCAAGUUUGCCCAGAGCAAUCACCUGGCCAACGCUGCAGCCAUCGCCGCAUAUGCAACAGGAAGGCCUGUGAGGACCUCGCUCAGCUUGUCCGCCAACAUGCAGUAUACAGGAAUGCGCUUCCAGUCUUGACUCGAUAUAAGGCGGGCUUCUCUGAGAAUGGCAAACUGAAUGCCAUCGUGGCCGACAUUUACAUUGAUGGAGGAGCGACCAGUGGAAUUGUCUAUGGGCUGUACGAACUCCAGCACCAACUCGACCAAGG